GUUUUGUUUUGCUAAGCAGGUUCUUAUGGUUGAGGCUGUCUUAAACUCCCAUUCGUCCAGCUUCUCCCUCUCAAGUAAUAGGAUUACAAGCAUUCCUAGCUGUUAAAUUUUGAGGGUCCCCCCCCUCCUAUAGCAUCCUAUGUAACCCAGAUUGGGCUCAACUCUGAUAUCUGGGGGGUGACCUUGAACUUCUGACGCUCCUGCCUCAACCUCUGAGGUUUUUUUUUUUGUUUUUUUUUUUUUUUUUUGGUUUUUCGAGACAGGGUUUCUCUGUAUAGUCUUGGCUAUCCUGGAACUCUCACUUUGUAGACCAGGCUGGCCUCGAACUCAGAGAUCCUCCUGCCUUUGCCUCCCAAGUGCUGGGAUUAUAGGCAUACGCCACCACCGCCUGGCUUCCCCAGACUUUCAAACACACAUACAACACAGCUACCCAGCAUGGGUCCAGGAUGGGGAACAAAACAUCCUGACAUCUUCCUCAUGCGGCACCACCCACUAGAUUCCUCAGUACCAUUCACACGGAGGCCCAGAGCUCUAUGCCUCUCUUUUGCCUUACAUAGUGGUUGAUUGAUUGCCCCAAGAACAGAGGGGAAGGGAAGGCCAACCCACCACUUGAGAGGUUUGGUUCAUGGGUGUCUUGGACAACAAAAGGACCACGUAGGAGCCCCGCUUGGACAACUCUCUGGCUGUUCUCUCCCUCUACGCACUUAGUCCCUGCUCCUUGGUAUCUGACUACUUCCGAGCCCACUUCGUGUCCUACAUUCUAUUCUGAUCUGUGGCCAAGCUGGGGUUCUUCAACCAUUCAUUUAUAGAGCAGCGAAUUCCCGAGAGUCUGGGUGGGGUGAGGUGGGAGCACCGAAUGAGGAGGCUUCCUUGGGAAGGUGGGCCUGUGUUCUUUAGAUGACUGCAGGGAAGCUCUGCAAAGCUUCUUCAUCUGGGGUGCGAGCAGAAGUGACUCAAGAGAAACUUCUCGGGGCUGAAGAGAUGGCUCAGCGGUUCACUGCCAUCGGUAAUGGGAGCUGAUGCCCUCUUCUGGUGUGUCUGAAGAGAGUUAAUAAUGUACUCGCAUAAAAUAAAUAGAAAAUAAAUAAAUCGAGAGAGAGAGAGAGAGAGAGAGAGAGAGAAACUUUUCCCGUGUAAGAGAAAAGCCACCUGGGAGAAAAAAAAAAAGCCUCUGGAUUCCAUCCAGCGCCCUCUCCAGACCCGCUGAGAGUACUGAGGGCGUGGCCCGAGGAGUGAUUGACAGCUCGCUCGGAUCAGCCUGGAGACGACGGACUCCUGCUCCUUCUGCCUACUGAUCCCCAGCUCUUCGGUCCCCAGCUUCUGCGAUUUUGGUUGUGGCGCGGACCAGACCGGAAGUUCUGCUCAACGACUGCCUAGUCUAAAGAGGAACACCGGAAACGUGCUCCCGACUAUCGUUCCGCCUGUGCCGAGGCUAUCUGUUCCGCUUCAGCGCCCGGAAGUGCGGCCUUCAAGUUGACAAGCAGGAGGACCUGCAGGACCUGCUGCCUGAGGAGUCGGAGGUGGGGUCGAGCGGGCAUCCCCCUGCCUCAGAGUCCCAGAGAAGGCUGGGGCGUGCCAGGAGCGGCACGCCUGCGUGAGGAUCGGUGUGCACGUUGCGAACACAAGAGGGCGCUGCAGGAUCGGGGCAGGGUGCGGAGGCGGGAAACUGGGGGUAGAUGUAGCGGGCCUGAAGGGGACUCUGGCAUAGAUAGGGUGGGAGUGAGACAGGCUGAUGGAACAAGGUGCAUGGCAUGGGUGAGGGAGUUGUAGCGAGAAUGCUGUAGGAGAUGUGGGAGAGUGUGCCUUUGUUCUGAGGCAUUCAGGAAGGUUCUGCUGCAUCUGAGGAGUCCGGGCGUUCGAGAAGUAGGAUGGCAGCCACAGAGGCAGUGCACCACAUCCACCUACAGAACUUUUCGCGCUCACUACUGGAGACCCUCAAUGGGCAGAGGCUAGGCGGUCACUUCUGUGAUGUGACCGUGCGCAUCCGUGAGGCUUCUCUGCGUGCUCACCGCUGUGUGCUGGCCGCUGGCUCACCCUUCUUUCAGGAUAAACUGCUGCUCGGCCACUCAGAGAUUCGUGUGCCACCAGUGGUGCCUGCGCAGACAGUGCGCCAGCUGGUCGAGUUCCUUUACAGCGGCUCGUUGGUGGUGGCACAGGGCGAAGCGCUGCAGGUACUCACUGCAGCGUCGGUGCUUCGCAUCCAGACCGUCAUUGACGAGUGCACACAGAUCAUCGCUCGUGCCCGUGUCCCCAACACCCCGGCGCCUGCGCCUCUGCCACCACCCGUGCCCCCUCCACUAGCACCCGCGCAGCUGCGCCACCGUCUGCGCCACUUGCUGGCCGCCCGCCCCCCGGGUCAUCCCAACGCCGCGCACAGCCGCAAGCAGCGCCAGCCCGCGCGUCUUCAGCUACCUGCACCCCCAGCACCCAUCAAGGCUGAGGGGCCUGAUGCGGAGCCAGCGCUGACUGCCGCGCCUGAAGACAGAGGUGAAGAGGAUGACGAUGAGGAAACGGAUGAAGAAACCGACGCUGAAGAAGGUGAAGGAGGCGGCGGCGGCCCGGGUGAGGGCCAGGCUCCCCCUGCCUUCCCCGACUGUGCAGGGGGCUUCCUUACCACUGCAGCUGACAGCGCUCGAGAGGAUCCCCCUGCAUCCACUGGCAUCACUGAUUAUGGUGGUGCCGGGAGAGAUUUCCUUCGGGGGACUGGGGUCACUGAAGAUGUGUUCCCAGAUAGUUAUGUGUCCGCUUGGCAUGAGGAAAGCAGCGGAGGGCCAGAAAGUUGUCCGGUGGAAACGUCUGCUCCACCCGACUGUGCCCUGGCUGGGCCUCGCCCAACAGGUGUGAAGACCCCAGGGCCCCCCGUGGCUCUCUUUCCCUUUCACUUGGGUGCUCCCGGCCCCCCAGCGCCAACACCUCCUACUCCAUCUGGGCCAGCCCCUGCACCCCCGCCCACCUUCUACCCCACGCUCCAGCCAGAUGCAGCCCCCAGUGCUCAGCUGGGAGAAACGCAGGCGGUGCCAGCGGCCCCUGCCGCUCAGGCCACAGCCAUCUCUGGCACUCCUGUGCGCGCCCCGGGUGGCCAAGGUGCUGAGCAACCCGCCUAUGAGUGUAGCCACUGCCGCAAGACGUUCAGCUCGCGGAAAAACUACACCAAGCACAUGUUCAUCCACUCUGGGGAGAAGCCACAUCAGUGCGCUGUGUGUUGGCGAUCCUUCUCGCUACGCGAUUACCUGCUCAAGCAUAUGGUCACACACACUGGCGUGCGAGCCUUCCAGUGUGCAGUGUGUGCCAAGCGCUUCACUCAGAAGAGCUCCCUCAACGUGCACAUGCGCACACAUAGGCCUGAGCGUGCGCCCUGCCCUGCCUGUGGGAAAGUUUUCUCACACCGUGCACUGCUGGAGCGACACCUUGCAGCUCACCCUGCACCUUGAUCGGGAGCCAGCUUCACACUGCCGGCUGCUGCAGUCUAGGACUUGGACUAGGUUCACUCCACCAGAUGGCUUCUGCUCUGGAGUACGGACCCUUCCCUUUCCCCAAGCUGAACCUGUUUUCCCUGUGGACUUGGGACCCAGAACCCUAUUUCUCUCCUACACUUGCUUAGCUUCUCUCUAUGGGACAGCGAGAUGCUUAGGGCCCCUGCCACCUCAGAGACCAUUUCCAGAUUGAGCUGGGCAAACACAUUCUUGGAACCUGAUGCUGGAUUUGUGACUCACCCCCCGCCAGGUAUGGUGUCUAGAAUUGUCCUCUGCCCCUGUGCUGGGCUAGAAUUCUCUGACCUCACCCCCCAAAGUCUGGAGCCACCCUUCCCUCAUUGGGCACCUAUGGAGGCCCAGAUGGACCUCCCUAGGGAUUUUAGGAUUCCAAUCUAAUAAAGGACAUUGGGCCAGUACAUGCCUCGUAGGCUUUCUGGGCUGUGGGCUUGGGGCUUGGUCCCUACGUUCCUGACUUGCACUUUUGCGGUGACCUGAGAUUUCCUGAGUAGGUAGGCACAAUUUGCUUUGAUAUCCUAGACUUGGAUUUUCUUUUUUUUUUUUUUUUUUUUUUUUUAGAUUUAUUUAUUGGUUAUAUGUAAGUACACUGUAGCUGUCUUCAGACACUCCAGAAGAGGGAGUCAGAUCUCGUUAUGGAUGGUUGUGAGCCACCAUGUGGUUGGUGGGAUUUGAACUCUGGACCUUCGGAAGAGCAGUCGGGUGCUCUUACUCACUGAGCCAUCUCACCAGCCCCAGACUUGGAUUUUUGGAUUUUUGGGUGGGUAGGCUGUGUAUAUAACAGUCCUGAAGUGUUCAGCCCUAUGGGCAGGGGAGUCGCAGUCCCAUUGUUGGCUGCUACAUUUCUACAAUGCAGGAAUGGAGUCCCCUUUCAACCAGAAGCCUUUUAGAUUUAAGACUCCACCUCCCUCAUCUUGACGUCCAUGAAUGUUGGACACCUACUCGUGAGAUGUUCAGGAGGGUUCUUGGGGGCCAAGCUGCCUUAAGGGACUUUGAACCCUGGAUGUUAAGCACUAAGUGUUAGAGAACCCAGAGUGAACUGAAUGGCUGUGUUAGAUAAGUGGGAUGCAAAAAUGGGUAGGACCCAGCUUGCCAACUGAAUAACCUAGUGACCUAGUGUCAAAGAAACCCAUGUUAGAUCUCUCAGCUCACGGAAGUAUUAUCCUCCGGGUCUCCUGCCCGUGUCUUAUGCGUCCAUACCUCACUGUAAGGAUCGGGUGCUAGGGGAAGAAGGGCUCUAGCCUACAAGGCCAGGCUCCAGCCCUACCUGUGUGUCUUCUGGGCCCGUAGGGUUCCUCUGUGGCUGGGCAUCACAAGCAUAGCUCAGCCUCCGAGUCCCAACGUUAUGAGAGCUGCUUAGAUUCAGCACAACUCAAAUAGCAAGGCAAAAUAAAACAAAAUGUAAUAAAUCCACUACUGAUAGAUCAGGAAUACGGUCUCAGGAGCUGAACUGCAAUUCCCCUUCUUGCCCUCAGCCAGAAUGUUGCAGAGCUUUUUUGGUUUUUGGUUUUUGGUUUUUCGAGAAAGGGUUUCUCUGUAUAGCCCUGGCUGUCCUGGAACUCACUCUGUAGACCAGGCUGGCCUCGAACUCAGAGAUCUGCCUGCCUCUGCCUCCCUAGUGCUGGUGUUACAGAGCUUUUAAGCCUGAAAGCCACAAAUGUCUGUUGCAAGUUACAUUUUUCUACCAAUUAGGAUUCACAGAUAGGUGACUUCCUCAUGCUGAUGCUUUUGGGUUAUUGAACUGUGGUGAGCCAAUUUGCUUGGCAUUCACAUCUCAACUUGCCAACCAGGAUGUCAGUUGCCCAGGUACAUGUCUCCGUGUCUCUUUCUACCAACCAGGAUGUCAGUUACCUAGGGAGGUCUCGGGAACAUAAACUUUGACCCCUGUUGAAAAUGGAAGUUUUAUUCAAAAUGGCUUCAGUCUGGUUCCUUCUUACAUCCCUCCCUUGGCUUUUCACAUUAUUCAAACUAUUGAUUAUUUCACAGCAUAAGGGCUUGUUUUGGGUCCUUAGGACCAUGAGCAAAACUGAGUAGCAGGAGGAAAAGGAGGGCCAGGGAUCCUGGUGUAGUGAGCAGGGUGGUUAGCUUAACAGGAUUAGAGCUGGGCAGAUACCAACCCUCUAUGGCGAUUUUGUCUACUUACCUGUCAAUAAACUGAAGUUAUAA